UACGGAACCAAAAAUAAGCCACAGACCAGAACCAUAGGUAUUUUGUUUCGCGAUGGAACCGGUAAAUUCUAGUACAAAACCGAUUUAAAAUAUGCAAAACAGAUUUAAUUCCAUCGAUAAUGACAGCGAUAAUUCAUCCAUGUGUAGUCAUGAAAGCCAUAUAAGUGGGGUGUAUCCUUACAGGAUCAUGUUACUAACGUCACGCCUCCCACACAUUCAAACAAUAAUUUAAACUCGAGUCACAACGGCGCUCUCAUCAUUCUCAUACUCGCUGGUUUGAAUUGCAAACACCUAACUUUGUUGGAGUAACAACUGCUUAGAAGAAUUUACUUGGUAAGUUAUGAUAGUAUAUGUAUAUAUCAUUGUACAUGUUGUUGAAAUGACUGCAGGAGACCUUUUAUGGUCUCAUAUCUUGCUGUGGUUACGCGGAACAACAGUUUGGGCAUGUGUUGGAAAAUACAUGUUGUUUAAUAUACUUGUUGGUAUUGUACAAUCGCGGGUAUAUGCAUAACAAACAUGAACUAACGGCUAUUUGUUGACACGUUAGCUGUUUUGUUGAAUCUAAGAAUUGGUGUACAACCUUCUUGGGCAAAGAAGCCAUUUUUAGUUAAAUUGGGAAAGUGCAUGUUUGUCAUAUAGAUUACAAUAUAGUAAUCAUUAUCUUGGCAACAGAUUGUAUGAAUGUGUGUGUAUGUGUUGAACGUGCAUCAGCUGGUUAAAUAUAACUGCAUAGCCAUAGUCGGACAAAGCAGUAAUUAAAGCAGCCAUAUUAAUUGCAUGCAUUUUGUCCUCGGGAGGAACACGUACGGACAUGCAGAACUGUUCAAAACUGUAAUAUACUCUAAAGUUGUGAGGAGCAUCUUAAAUGAGUAAAUGUCAUACUAUAUUUUCCUGACGUUUACUUUACUCUUUAGUCAUAAUUUUUUGUCAAUUGUUAGCGGCCGAAAACAAAUAAUAAAUUAUUCAUUAAUUUAACAUGUCAGCAUGAAAGGUCAUGAGACGAAUAGCGGAAAAUUAUUCAUUUCCUUCUUUUAUGCACUUACACCACAAUGGGCGGUUUGUAAUGAAUAUUUUAUUUCUAUAUAUUAAAUAGCAUUUGAAUCAUACAACAGGUAUGCCCCCAUGCAUCGUAGUUGUUGACGGAUUCAAAAAGAUUUAUCUCUGAGAAUCUAAAGCUGGCUGCCGUGAUGAUUCAUGUUUCGUCUUGAUACGUCUGUGGCGACACGGAUAUAUGUGUGUGAAUUUAUUUCGUGCUGUAUAAUAUUAUUAUAUUCAUUUCAAUCAUUAGAUUUUCAUUUGUAACGCCGACCGGCUAAACUGUGCCUUACACAUAAUCUAUAAUUAACUAUAUGCCAGGACGUCAAAGAAAUUUUUAUCAUUUAACUGCAAUUGAGGAGAAAUGUUAAUUUGCAGACAUUAAUAAGUUAAAUUGCACCUAAAUCGAGCCCGGUUUACUGCGUCACAUUUUUGGAUGUUGGAACGAUGAUUCUAUUCUGGGUUCUUAAACUACACAUGAUAUCAUAAGACUUUCAUUUAAGACGCCGACAAAGGAAUUUUAUCAUUUGACUGCAACUGAGGACUAUUGAAAUGUUGAUUUGUAGACAGUAAUAAGUUAAAUUGCACCUAAAUCGAGACAGAUUUACUGCGUUCACCUUUUUUUGAUAUUGGAACGAUGACUUGGUGCUUAACUGUAACUAUGAGUUCUUUAAUUAAUAUACCCAGCUGCGAAAAAUGAGAAGCAGUGAAUAAUUUAGGAAAUGAAAUAUAAAACAAAGACGGAAAAAGUUUGGAAACCUGAGACUAUAUGGACAAUCUUUUACGUUUACACUUGUAUCAAUCUACACUCGGGUUUCAAGACAUUUUUGCUAAUUUUCAAAAACUUGGUCAACAUGAUACAAUAUAUUCAUGAGAAAAAUUUCGGGAUUUUCAGCGAACCGGGCUGACACUCUAGUCUCUGCAAAUUCAGCUUUCGAGUCAACUGGGGGAGGGGGAGCACAAGUUUAAGCGCACGAGCUCAAUCGGUAGACCGUCAAGCUGUUCGCUAAAUAUGUGAGUUCAAAUCCCUUUCGAGUCAACUUUAUGUUGGAACGCAGUGUUUUUCUCAUGAAUAUAUUAUAUCACGUUUCCCUGAUGAUGGCUCUGAACUGCUAUGAAAUAUGGCCUACCUGGUUAUUGUAGGCUAGCUAUUCUACACUGUGUAAAAUAACAUAUUAACUGUCAAACUCUACGCGGUAACUACAGUUAGCUUGCACCAUAUUCUGAAAUAAGUACUCUUGUUGUGAGUCAAGGUGCUUAAUAAAUACUGAUUCUGAUUAACAAGAGAAUCUAAUCUGCGUUUAAAUCGGAACCAGCGUAGUACAGGCAAUUGAAACCAGCGUAAUACAGGCACUCGUUAUUAACUGUUGAGCCGAACAGGCACUCGUUAUUAAUUGUUGAGCCGUUGACUAUGAACUACAGCCGUUGCAUUAUUGUUGACCGUUGGUGAGAACCGUUGUAAACCGAAUCGGAAUGUCAAGAGCACUCUUCCAUAUUCUUAAUCUCACAUUAAAUUCCUAUAUAAGAUUAGUGCCUAAAAAAUCUAGAAAAUGUCUGAUUCAAGUCUUCAUAGCUGGUCUACAUUGACAUUGUAGGAGAAAUUGAAUUAUUUCGCUGAAUAUUUGCAGUCAAACAGUGAAAUAGGUUGUACUUUACUUUCAGUUAUUUUGUUUCCAAUACGUUUUAUAUGCUCUGAAUAUUUUCGCUAGUCAUGCAUAUGUUGAGUGUUCAUCAUUGUCCUUGAAACAUAGUCACGGGAAGAAGACUGCUCCAUAUCAUUCAACUGGCAUUCUGACAACUAGUUGAAUACUUAUUAUCACAUUAUAUUAUCCAUGUGUUCCUGUCUAAAAAUAGAGACGUGAAUGCUUGCAUGUGAGAGCAGCCAAAGUUUGUCCGUCUGAAAGAGGAUGAAGUUAACAGGAAGAAUUAGAAACAGGGAACGGAUAACGUAUUACGCAGGUUCGCCGUUCGGAACGAUUUGUGAGAGUUGAUUUUGUGACACUCAAGUAAAAUUUUCAAUUAUCUGGCCCAUCGUCUUCUAUCUUUUUUUUUUAAAUAAUCAUGUUUAUGCAAACUUAUGAAAACAAUGAAUUUUUGGUAUAAUAGAAUUAUAGAAUAAUCAUUGAAUGAAAGCUUCGAACUGAUAAGGAUACAACUACCUAAAAAAUACAAGGAGAACUUCGACAUUUCGAGCGAAGGCUCUUCGCUAUUCAGGUAGCUGUACAUGUAUCCCUAUUAAUCCGAAGCUUUCUUAUGAUUGUCACUAGUGUACCUACACUGGCACAACCCGUACAAGAUAUCAUCAUUGAAUGCUACUGUCAUCUCGUCGAUCUUGCUCAUAUAUUAAAAAGGAUUUGUACAAGGUGACAUCGUCAGUUUCAACAUAAAUCCGUUAAAGACGUUAUAAAUUUUGCCUAGCUAUCAGACCAUAACAGACUGUGACAAGUGAGUAGGAACAGCAGCCGUUCAUCAAAUGUCGCAAAUGAUUGCAUAAAAUUAAUCCAAGUGUCAUCUACAUAUUAAGUUUUUUAUGCAUACAUAUCGUGGGGCAACGAACUUUGCUUAUGAUGAAUGAUAUUUUUAACAAACAAGUCUACCAGACUUUAAUUUAUUGUUUUCACAUUAGAUUCAGUAAUUGGAUAACUUGAAUAGUUCAUAAUGAUGAGUUUGGAUAACUUGAAUAGUUCAUAAUGAUGAGUUAUUAUAACUCUUAUAUGAGUUUAACCUAAAUUUGUAAUCACAGAAAAACCUGUUGGGACAACUAUCAAGCAUUUGCCUUUAUGAUGCUUGUCUGCAUUUAACUGACUCAUUAUUACAAGCACAACAGAUGGUGAUAUAAAGAGCAAGAAAAUCAAUUCAUCCCAGUUUCCUACCAAAUAAAAGAGCAGCUGCGGUUGAAGUAUAUAUAUACAACUACCUGAAAUUAGGAUACACCCUACUUAUAACGGCAUUCUGCUGACGUCCCGUCGAAUUAAGUGCAUUCACUCGAAACGUCGAAAUUUUGCUUAUAAUUUUCAGGUAGUUGUGAAUUACAGUUGUAUAUUAUCUCUUUUACAUCGCAGCUGUUUAGUAUAGUAAUACUUUUAGAAAUGAAUUUACAAUUUACAUCGCCAUCUGUUGUGAUACUCGUUCACUGGUGAUAAAGGUUUUGCAGAACAUAUAGCUAUAUGUACUAGUUGUACACCACUGUAUACGAUAUACAAAUGUGAAUUUGCCAAUUUCCUAAGUGAAUUUUUUUUGUAAUUGUUCGAGAUAGUGGUGUUUGUAUUGCGGUUACUGCAGACACUAAUGUCAGGUGAAAAGGUCAAAAUAACAGGAAAAUAUGUAAGCUCUUAAAUUUUAACUAUGUUUUGAUGAAAGAUUGAACGACACUGUUUUCGAUUUAACAAAUUUUGAUACUAGGUGGGUGGACGUAAGAACAAGAUGUUUCGAAAUUUCCUGUUGAAACAAGUGUUUCCUUGUAUAUUAUUCAUGCGGAAGUUCGGAAUGCCUUGUAUGUUGAGGUAUGCUGCAGGAUGUUGUUGAAAUCUUGAAAUCAUGCUGAGUGCAACAGAGAUGUUAUGAUUGAUUCUGAUGUAAAAAAUGAAUACAUAAAAUAUAUUGUUCAAACCUGGAAUAUAUUGUUACCAUGCGCAUGCUCGGUUAGGUUCACAAGUUGAAAUAUUAAUUAAACAAAAUUAAUUUUUUUUGAAAUGAACAAAUGCAAAGAGGCGAGGCCUUAUAUAAGGAUUACAUGUUAUUAUGGAGAUUAAUAACAGUAUUUUAGAGUACUAGAGUUUCUUGAAUAUGACCUACAGUCCCCCGUAUCGGUUUCGUAUUUUGAUCCAAAGGCUGACCAUUUUUUUUUACAAGAGUUUCUAGAGUAUGGACAACAGUCCCCCCCCCCAUAUAUAUAUAUAUAUAUAUAUAUAUAUAUAUAUAUAUAUAUAUAUAUAUAUAUAUAUAUAUAUAUAUAUAUAUAUAUAUAUAUAUAUCGGUUGGUUAUAGACGUACAGGGAAGGAAAAGGGGGGUUAUGAUUUUUCGAAACCUUAUAUAUUUCUUCCAUUUUAGAUUAUUAGCUUUAACAGUAUCUUGCAUUCUAGACUAUUAUUUUUCACAUUUCUUGUUAUUAAAUUUAUUUCCCCAUUUCUUGGUAUUUUGAUCCAAAGAUUAAUAUCCGGCGGUCCGACAAAGGUUUCUUUCCUUCUCGAUACGUUGCCUGGCAGAACGCGGGUGUUCAUGUUAUUAAAGACAUUGAGAUUAUACAUUCCAGAAUUCAUUUAAAUUUCUCAUUUCUACUAGUUAAUUUAGAAAUUUUUACAAAGCAAGGUUGACCAUUUACUACAUUAUAACCAGAUAAGGGUAGACAGUACGCCAUCUUCGCUUGUUUGGUGUUUGGUGUUGAGUUUGCAAUUAAUAUUAUACCACUCCGUUGUCCUCCAUCAUCCAAAUCAUUGCCUCAUUUUACCAAAUAUUGGUAUGCAUUCAUCGACCUGCUAAAACAAAUUUUUGAAAUGAAUAAAAGCAAUGUUUCUCUUGUUGCAUAGAUGUCAUAUUACAGCUAUAACUGUAUUCUAAAUAUAUAUAUAUAUAUACGCGUCAUCUCACGAUGGGGGUUUUGUUUGCUCUUGUUUCAUAGAUACAGUUUCCACAGUAAAGAACAAUCUUAAAUUGCAAUAUAGAGAUAAAAACCUAAACGUCAACUAAAGAAUGACACUAGUUGCACAAUCUUUUAUGGAAGUGACUCUCGGAUCAAUUAAAUCAUUCAUAUAUUGGACUUUCCAUUUUGUCAUGCAUUGAUGAAUACGCCAGGCAGUUCAAAUUGUUGUUAUACAGUAUACAGUAAUAGUGAGCGAGCUCUUUGUCUGCAAACGUCAAAAGAUUUCGUAUUUUAGCUUUGCUAUUAUGGAUAAUAAUCGUAAUUAACUGUCACAUUUUUUGCAUGGUAAGAUAUGUCAGAUAAAGUUUUCUCAAUCAUACUGUAAUACAUCCCCAUUUUUUUGCCUGCCGCGCCUCAACGCAACUUCCUUCUAGACUUUACCGUGUACUCACAUCAAUUUUUCCUUGUUUAGUUCAUACUGGAUUCUGCAAUGAAUCUGAGCAUCAUAAACACGAGAUGUAUUCUAUUUUUCGUACUGGUUAUCUUCACUGGAAUCCAGUCACGGUCGUUGGAGAAACGAGCAACGGGUAAUGAUAGCUGUACCGUAGAAGUAGUGAACAGAGAAGUCAAAGUACCAACAUGCUUAACUCGUACAGUUCCAGUGAGAAGGUGCAAAGGAUCGUGUUUAUCUUACGCUAUUCCUAGUAGUUCCAGUACAACUGUGGUUAAAUCGUGUAAUUGUUGUAGACGUUUAGAAACGGACAUCGUAGCAGUUGAACUAUUUUGUCUGGAUAGCAAUCAGAAAAUUGUGAAGAGAUUACAUGAUAUUGAAUUCGCAAAGUCAUGUUCAUGUCUGCCUUGCAUUUAAUGAAUUAACUUUACGCUUUCCACAGUGUCGUUUUCUGGACGAACUAUAGAGCACAAGGGAAGAACAGACAGCAGUUUUAACAAGAUAACGUCUGCACAUGGCAACUGCUACAACAUUUUCUUGUAAUAAUGAAGCCUAACCUCUCGUCAUCAUCAAUUAAUAUUCAUUGAAUGAAGCUAUAAAAGUGACAUUUAAAUUUAAAUUAUGUUUAACACUCUAAUGUAAGUAGAUCCACGAAAUCCGAACUCUGCUGGAACCACAAAUAGCCAAAUAAUAAGCGGCAGUAUACACUUUAAUAACAACAAGUUUCCGUUUCUCUAAAUCCUAAACAUGUCUUGAGAAUUGAAUUUGGUUAUUUGUAAUAUAGUGUAAAGUUAUAGAUGUACAUACUUUUUGUGUAAUUUCAAUAUGUUCAAUAGAAUCUUACUAGACAAGAGGUAAGGGCAGAAAACUUACUGUAUUUAGUGAAAUGUAAAGACAUAACGCAUGUACUUAUUUUAUCUUACACAAAUAAUUAUUUAUAUUGAGACAAUCGUUAAGUUAUGUGGCAAUAAAUAUUUAUCACUGUAACCAUAUAACUGCAAAUUUUAAUUUCUCUGGUCUCCUUGCAUUCAGUUUUUAGAAAAAUA